UGGAGGAGGAGGUGGCGGUAAUUACCAGGGAUGAGCCGAAGACUAAGUCUUAUAUGACAAGAUGUCUGUGCCGGUGUAGAACCUGCUCCUCAAGACUAAGUCUAUAUGAAACCGUAAUGAAUAUUGAGGUAACAGAUAUAAAGUAGACGUUAGAAAAAUUGAAAGAAAAUUGUUUAUUUUAUGCAGCAAAGAUGACACUUUAGUAAGAGCAAGGUACCAGGUGAGAAAGAACUGGUUCCGAAUCAUGUGACUUUUCGAGAAGUAUGCUGAUUCAACGGUGCUCAUGAUUUCGCUAAAGAUAGAUUAAGUUGUUUCCUUUUCGACAAUGUCAUCAUGAGAGCCUUAGCCGGAUCAGUUAUGGACCAGUAUUACCUCAGCAUGAAACUACAGAGCCCAACCGCAGACAAACAGGAAAAUGGCAAACGUAGAAAUAAAGGAAACAAUAAAAACAAGACCAACUCCGAUCCAGAUGAUCUUGUCUGUAAUCCAGGUGCAAUGUUGCUUAGUAUCCGGAAGAAGCACUGGUUGGUUUUGUCGAUUUCCAUCACGGGCGUUCUUCUUCUUCUAGUCUUCAAUGUCAAGCCUCCAGCGCUACGGCCUGCCAGAUAUGUCACAGGCAAUGCUGAAAUAGGAUUUUUACGUCGACGGAUUGCUAAUGAUGAUGGAGAAGCCACAGGACACGGAGCACCCCCCCCACCCCAGUUACACCUGCACCCUCCCGUACACCACGCCAGUAGUGAAACCCAAAAAGACUCGGCCCCAGGAACUGCAUCGUCCUCUGUCCAUCUUUCUGCAAAGGAGCGCGUUGAUUAUGCAAAGCAAGGGAUACUUUUAGUUGAAAAUGAACUGGGUCGAAAAGAUUCCCAAAAACAAAGCCAGAACAAAGAGCCAGAAACAGACCAGGGCCUGGGAGUCCCACAAGAACAACAAGCACAGCAUGCCAAUGGCAAACAAGACUGGCAAAAGAAAAUCAUGUUACAAAGACUAGAAAUACAAAAGCAGCAGAGUCUUUUGCGAGAACACCACAUUCGUGAGCAGCAGUUAUUACAACAACGCCUGAAACAACAGCAGGUAGAAACUGACGCAGUCCAGCAGCAACUAGGUGGAGUAGCACCAAUCCAGCACCAAAGCUCCAGUGUGUCUGUAGUCUCAAAAACAGCCCAAGUAAGCCAAGCCAGCAGUGGAACGGACACAUUCAAUGGACCAUCAGCUCCAAGGAAACCGUCACCUGUAGCGAGUAAUUCCUAUUACUAUCCUCACAUGACCUAUGAAAGUCUGAAGAACAUGGGUGAAAGGAUACUUCGCCACACAGUAAGAAAGGAAUUCCUGGAUGCCGUCAAAGACACUGACUUCAAACCUGGAGAAGUGGUUAGUCCAUCUCAGGUGCGGAGGGUGAUCAUCCUGUCCACCUGGCGCAGUGGCUCGACAUUCUUGGGAGAUCUUCUGAGAUCAUACCCAGGGGCGUUCUUCAGCUUUGAACCACUGCAUCAUCUGUUGAAAAACCUUCACCUGCAGGAGGGUCCUCUCGUGGAAGUGGUAACAAAUCUCAUUCGAAACAUUCUCACCUGCGAUUACAGUGACCUGGAUGAAUACGUCAACUAUAUGCGAAAUAAUACUUUUCUCUUAGAUCACAACACGAGGUUAUGGAACUCCUGUGCAAGGAAUAGAGCCCUGUGCUUCGACAAGGACUAUAUAUCAAACAUGUGUAAAUAUAUGCCAGUUAAUGUCAUGAAAACAGUAAGAAUGGGUCUCUCGCCCGUGGUAGAACUACUUCAAGACCCAAGCCUUGACCUAAGGGUAAUCCAUCUGGUAAGGGAUCCCCGUGGGUCUUUGCAUUCCCGCAUGCAGCUCUCAUGGUGCAAGUCAAUGGCUUGCAGUGACCCUGAAACUGUGUGCAGUGACCUCUUAACAGAUCUUAAACUAUCAGCCACGGCGAAGGAAAAAUUUCCCGAUAGGUACCUCUUUGUACGUUACGAAGACUUAAGCCUGGAGCCAGAAAAGAAAGCGCGGGAGAUCAUGUCUUUCCUCAACCUGACAUACCAGAAAAGUGUUUCAGCCUUCGUCAGAGACCACACGUCUUUAGCCAGGAGAUCCAUGAAGAAACCUGGCACAUACUCCACAUAUCGAGAUUCAAAAGCAACGACGUUUGCUUGGCGUGGAGCUCUUAAUUAUACAACGGUAGAAAGUAUACAAGAAGUCUGUAAAGAAUCUUUAGAGAUUCUGAAGCUCCGAUACUUUGACACUGAGGAAGACUAUAUGAACACUACUAUACCAGUUCUUGAUGAGUGAUUGAUUUGUGUGUACAUAUAUAUUUAAGUCGAAAAAUAUAUUCGUAUUUACUUUUCAUAUAAAUGAUAUAUUCGGAGGUCACCGUUUCGUUGGAAAAUGCAAUAAACUGUACUAGAAUUCGUAGAUUCUUUAUUUUAUAUAAGUAUAUCAGGUGCUGUUCGUAAAACGAUAAAAAUGAAGGAAGUUUGUGAGAAACAACGAGUGUGUCAACGAAGGAUGAAAUCGUUAGAGUGUAUGAUGCAAAUCAUGUUUAUAUUUUCAGUGUGAUAUUUUGAGGCAGCAGAGAGUUAAUUAUUCUUGCAUAAAAAAUCAUUCAGAUUUAAUACAGCCGUGGUAUUUCAUUUAAUUAUGUAAGAAAGAAAAUAUGGCUCGUGAGGCACUUCGAAUCUUUGAAUAAGCAUUUUAAUUAUAUGUUCUGUGCAGCUUAGUCCUAUUUUUCUUUUCUGAUAAUGCAGCAAUGACUUACGAAAUAUUAACCAAUUAUUGCCUGCCGCCCCCCACCCCCCACCAUUUGAAUGAUCUAUCAACCCAGACGUUAGUAUUACAAGUGUCUUGUCAUUUUCAAUUUUCUUAACGUAUGCUGGUCCUGUUCUUUAAACAUGUUUGCUUGUGGUUGGUUUGCUUAUAUGCGGCAUAAAAAUAUCUCAUGAAAUAAGAGUUGACGAGGGCAAAAUGAAAAGUGAAGAAUUCAAAUGAAGUCUCUAGUUGACGGUAGAAGUCUUUUAUUACCGUGUUAUUGAAUAUCAACAUCUACGCAAAAAGAACAAGGUAAUCCCGUGUCCCCGUAUUACAAAGGUGUAUUUAGAAUUCACAAGCUUUCUGUAAAGUAUUAGCAAUGAGUCACUGGAGAAUUUCCAUAAUGGUGUAAGAAGUGUGGUUGUCAAAUGUUCUUGAUCACUUGACAGUUUUCGUUUGGUGCUCAGUUAGAUACUAUAACUUUCCACGUAAUUCGAAGAGCGAUAUCGACUUUGUCUGAUUUUCGUGAAUUUCUAACUCUAAGGCCUUGUCCACACUACGACUGCCUGACGAGCAAAAGCUGUUCCCAUAACUCGUUUUACAAUACUGAGUAUGGAGCCAGAACGAUGUGAUUGUCUGGUAACACUGCUUCAGAGGUGAGAGCAAAUAUAAACAGCUGGAAGUGCCCGACAGGCAUGCCUGCUAGUGUGGACAGGCCAUUACACAGAGCACAGAAAUCCUUCUUGUACAUGUUCUACGAUUUAACCUUCACGCCUAAAAGGUUAAGUAGAUUCCAUGAUGUGCCAUUCGCUGGAUUCGCUGGUAAUAAGGAUUACGCCUUUUAUUUCAGUGUUUAUCUACUCUUUUUGCGAUAUGAUACUUGUGCAUUCUUCCCCGUUCUAGCGAUACAGUCAAGUUUUGUGUGUACGGUAGUUCAGUGAUCUCCAUUUGUUCGGUCAGUUUGCUUCUGGGUGAAAUUGUAAUUCAUUUAUUUGCUAAUUUUCAUUUUACCAGUCCAUCUGUUUCUUACUUCUCUCUUAGGAUACUUGGAAUGGAGUAUGUGACCAUACCCAGGUUUUGUGGCCUUCGAAGGCCUGACUCCAUCUUGGGCAUUUUUGCACCACACAAUAUGUAUCAUCCACCCCUUGUUCGCAGUUCACUCAUCUUUUAAGAUCCUCGUUUUGAUAUAUCCUUUGAUUAGUAGAGUAUAUAUCAAACAUAAGGUAUGAAUAAGUAUUAUGAUUUCUGUGUUACUUAUCUUGAGAUGAUACGGUUGUCAUGGCAUCACUGACACCUACGAGUAAUUCUGUAUUUGGUAGGUGCAGGAGAGCACGUGGCAUAUUGAGGAUGGCUGAGAAUAUUCAGCUUUUAAUAUCUUUGCCUAAGAACUAACCAAUGAGUCAGGUACAAACUUUCAAAGCGGCUUAUUGUUACGAAGGAUACACUAAAACCAGAAGUUGACAACUUGAGUCAGUGAAAUCUACAAAACAGCUACAGUACCUGUAUUGCUACUCACCUACAGAGAGGGAUGAUUUAGGAAUGAAUACAGAAUGUCCUCAGAACAUAUCCUCAUUUCUCAGUGAUACCAAAUAGCAGCUCGGUUCAGUUUUAUUAGCGCAGAUACUUUUAGAUUAUAGUUCUCAGUUAUUAUCAUUAGAUAAGUUACAAACUACGCUUUGUGCGAAAGUGUUCUCACAGUAGCUCUUAGAGGUGCCACCUUAAUCUCUAGAAAAUAUGAAACAUUUUGAAUUAUAGUAUCUGUACAGAUGAAUGCUUCUCUUACAUGGAAUAUCUAUAAUUGGUAUUUUAGAAUUUCACUCUGAGGCACGAUAGUUUCAGCUACGGUUCUGAGUCACUGACCAAGAAAUAUUCUGUGGACAGAAAUCUACGUAGAUGCUCACCACACGUGUUCACAUCAUCAAAGAUAUAUGGACUACACUCAACGGAAUAAUCAUGAACCAGGUAAAUCGCCUCCUGUUUGCUCAACUUAGCCUCAGAGUAUUAGAUUAUGCGAUGGUUUACAUAUCUGAUGUCGCCAUUUUGAGGAAAGCUCUGGUCACUGAUUUCGCCAUUUUGAGGAAAGCUCUGGUCACUGAUUUCGCCAUUUUUAGAAAAGCUCAGGUCACUGACGUAGCCAUGUUGAUGAAAGCUCUGAUUACUGACGUAGCCAUUUUGAGUAAAGCUCUGGGCACUGACGUAACCAUUUUGAGGAAAGCUCUGGUCACUGACGUAGCGCCAUUUUGAUGAAAGCUCUGAUUACUGACGUAGCCAUUUUGAGUAAAGCUCUGGUCACUGAUUUCGCCAUUUUGAGGAAAGCUCUGGUCACUGACGUAGCCAUUUUGAGUAAAGCUCUGGGCACUGACGUAGCCAUUUUGAGGAAAGCUCUGGUCGCUGACGUGGCCAUUUUGAGGAAAGCUCUGGUCACUAGCGUAGCCAUUGCGAGGAAAGCUCUGGUAUGUGCUGAACUGCUGCGGGAAUUUUAGCAUUACUCUCGUAUGUCAUCCACUCCUGGAUAUGAUUUACAGUACGCAGUGUGUAUUUGUUCACCAAGAGGGUCUGGGCAUUUCGUGUCUCAGUAUAGACACAGCUCACGAAAACUGUUUAGUGGUUGUCCUAUAGUUUUGGCUGCCUCUCUAUUCAUUCGAAUCCCAGGCUGGUCUGGGUAGCUACGAUCUGAUUCUAUGAGUGUUUUCGAUAUGAUAAGAAAUUCUCCAGACUUUCUGACGCACAGAUCAAUUUGUGUGAAUGCUAUUAAAUGGCAUCUGAUUUGUUAACAUAAAUACUUUUUUUGUUCAUCAGGAUGAUAGGAGUUCAUGAUGCAAUAUAUCAGUAGUCUUGUCACCUGCUUGUUCGGUGGUAAAUAAGUUGCCUAGAGCAAUUGAUUGUUGGACUUAGUUUAUACAAAGAACUUGUAAUAGAAGAGAAAUAGUACAAAACUGCGCACGUUUAAAUCCAGACAUAUCUUAACAAAAACAUGCCCAAGAAACCUGAAGCUAUACGCUAUUUAUCUGUCAAGCAAUAAUUAGAAGACUAGUGAAAAUGCCAAAGAUUCUGAUGAGGCUGUUAGAAUAUACAACUUGGGUGCAAUAGAGCAUAUCUUAUUUCUGGGUAAACAUGAAUCCGUAAAGUAGUCUCGGUAGUUUUAUCGCAAUUUAUAACAAUUAUCUUCGCCAGUAAAUCUGCCAGGAACUUAGCUUCAAUUUACAAGAGAAGGAGUAAUGUACAAAAGCAACUCACAGUAAUGAGCAUCAUAUUUAUGUAGCGAAUUUCGUUUGAAACAUCAUCUUUACAUAAACAAUCUUGGCUCUUGAUUUUCUGAAAAUAUCCAUAAUGACAUCAUGAUUUUUAUUCACAAUUUUUAUGAAAAAGUGCCCACUGCUCUAAUCAUAGAGAUAGGCUGGAAUAGUGACGUUUGUAAGGUUUCGCAAAGCUGGUCAUCCUGAUAAAUUAGAUGAAGAAGCGUGCCACUUUUUCUUAUGUUAUGGAUAACAUUGAUAAUACAUUACUGAAACAAUGACAGUGUUAAUAUGAUAACAUUAUGUUAGUGUUGACAAAACUACACCAGUAUAACAAAACGCGAGCAAAGCCCAUCAAUGUACAAUACCAAGCAGGACAUGACAUACACUUGUUAGCUUCAAGACGUCACAACCACCAGUAGCAUACACAAAUACGUUCAUUGACACAUGAGACAACUUCUCUUUACAUAUGGAUCGAUUAAGGUCACCUACAGACAUGAAUUGGAUUCUGGUUGUUACCUCAUGAUUUGUAUUUGUGUGUGAAUAAUUUACAAGACAGAUUACAACUCUAAAGAACUCCAGAGCAUCGACUCCAGCUUGUCUCCUGUUCACUUGGUUAACGAUUACACAAACUAGGCUUGAUAUAUAUGUAUAUAUCAUGCAAGUACAUUAAUGCAGGAAGAAUGGUCGUUGCAGUGGUUUUAGGCUUCAUAAGCAAUUUACUAGUAUAGCUUCCUUGUUGAGUUGAUGUUGACAGGCGCAGACCUACCACUUAAUCAAGAGCAGAGUUUCAGUGCCAUGUGGCCUGAUCAGAAAUAUGUAAACAUGGAUAUUUAUACUGCAACAAUACUUUGCUGUCUAUAGGUCCCGUGACUUAAACUUGUUGAUAAAGAUAUAUAUGAGCAGUAGAAUGUCUCGCAGUCUAAGGUUAUUCUUCUUUUUACUUGAAAAAAUUGUUCAUAUUUGCUUUGUAUACAGUAAUGUAUUUACAGUGGACUUGUAGAAUAUUGUAGGUUUAGCUUUUUAGCCUUGAACACAAAAUUUGCAAUUGUUUCAAACUGCUGAAUAAAAUAUCAGAAUUGCAAAUAGCAUACAAUAACAUACAGUAUAAUACAGUAAGGCCACGAAUUGUCUAAAGAGAGUCAGAAAAACUGCAUUGUGUCAGGAGAAUAAUUGCAAAUGGGUUGCUAAAACUUUAAGAUGCAUUAUUUGUUUAUUUAUUUAUUAAGCACUGUACUAUCGGUAAGUUUAGCCAGUCAUUCUUUAAGGUGUACAGCAAUCAUUUAGGUGAUGCCAGUUUGUAGUGUUAGAUAUCCACUAUAGCCAGGAAUGUAUUGCCGUACAGCGUGCAAGGUCAUUGUGUAUACUACUCGAGACGGGUUUACGGGUGCAGAUUGUAUGCAACUGAAAAAAAAUAGUUGUCAAUUGUAUUAUGGCAGAUCUUACCCUAAUAAUGCUGGGUACCAGUGAUGAUUUUCAUUUAUCUUAAAACUCCAGUUAUAUAAUAAGCUUUUAUUGUCCAUAGUUAUGUACUUCUGAUGUUUGGCAAAAGUAUUUCCCCCCCUUACUUAUUAUAAAUUGCUUUUAAAUUGCAAAUAUGCCGGAUUGAAAACGGUAACAGUAGACAUUACAAGAUUCAGAUAAAUCUUGGCAACAUAUGUGUGAUUCCUCCACCCUCUUUAGAUCAUUUAAGUUCCGGUGUAACUUUCGCAAAACAAAACAAAAAAUGCUUUGAGUUCCUCAGAUACAUUUUAGUUUAUGACAAAUUAGGAACCUUACAGUACAUAUGACCUUUAUAAAACAGACUUUUGGAGGGAAUAGUUUUCAUUUGAUUUUUCAAUAUGCAGGUCACUUUUGGUCAUUCAUUCACAACCUUAGGCUGGCAUCUCCUGGCUUGGAUUCUGGCUACAACCUGCCUCCCAAGGAUUUGACCUCCAUGUUUCUCGUGAAUAUUAGAGUUUCUUUGGCCAGCAGCACACUUUUCAGGAGCAAGCCCACUUCGAGGCCUGUGCAUCCAGUCCUCUUCAGGUUCCUCCUGAGGUCUUUUAGGAUUACUCCUAGUGCUUUUAGCUUGGCUUGUUUAAUUACUUCCAGCUUUAGAUCUUGGUACGUCUCUGUCUUUCGUUUUCCUCAUGUCUUCAUUGCAUGUGCCCCGUGUUAUAGCUGCAUUUAUCAGAGAUAUUUUGGUGUUUCUUUAUUUACCAGAAUUAAGUCUGGGGUCUGAGCCAGCAACGGAUGAUCUGUCCUCACAUCAUAGUCCCAAAGUACCUUGAGUUUUUCGUUUUCCAACGCGUUUCAGGAUAUAUUUGGUUGCAAUUGUGUCAUGCCUUCUCUUGUAUUCAUUCUGACCUAAUGUUGGGCUUCACUUAUGAUGUUUUUGAUGGUCGUCAUAGUCUGUAUACACGGUGGUACUUUGGUGAUGCUGGUAUUUUAUCUUGUACACAUUGUAUUUGGUCUAGUGCUGCCAUCAACAUUCAUACUGUCUCUGCUUUGGCACUUACCCUAGUCAGACAUUGCCAAUUGCCAUUCUUUAGUACAUUCUGCGUCUACCUCUAGUACUGGCAACUCAUAUAGUUGUUACCCCAUUUCUCUUUCCUUUGGCUGGCGAUCCUUGCCUUAUACAUUUCUGGCUCUGUCGCAGAUGAUUUUUUAAUUCUAAGCUCUCGUCAGCAGCUCAGUGUGCUUAAGGCACUGCCUAAUUGCUCUUCUCUCUUUAUCGAUACAUUCCUUCACCCUUUGUAUUGCGUUCCCUCUUUUUCUUCACGGUAAUUUACGUGGGGCCUUCAAGAUGCUUUCACAAUUAAGUUUGUUAUUAUUAAGUAGUUUUGGUGAGAUAACUGAGUCACAUAUACUCUCACAGGGCCUGUGCAGAGGAAAUCAAAUGCGAGGAGAAAAUUUGAGUAAGAAAAGGUUGGAGAAGCGGGACAGUUACUACGUGCAAGGAGAGCUAUAGGAAUGGACGAGAAGUUUUCAGCUUCGGUGCAGUGAAUGACCCACAUAUGGAUUAACUAUGGCUAACACUCAAUUUCUUAUAGGACUUGAUGUCCACGCAUUUGCCAGUCUGACUUCUGCCGAGUUGUGGAUAGAAUACUUCAGUAUUCUAUCUACGUGGCCAUCUUAAAGGCGACUUAGAGUUCUGAAGACACACAAAUGUCCUCAGGUUUUUUUUUUUUUAGAGCACAUCUUGCAGAAAUGGUCACAGUGGGAAUUACUCUGAUCAUAUAAUGAGCUACCACGUAAACCAUUAGAAUAAGUAGUAUGUCACAAAAGCAAAUUAGAACGAGAAGUAUUUCACGUGUACAAAAGCAUUGAUUUCAAGGUGGAAUGAAAAGUACGUCACUUAUUCAGAAACUGAAGUAUUUAAUGGGACCGCAACUAUCGAGUACUGUGUAAAAAUAAAGAAAAAAAAAUAGUUACUCGAUACCGACUGUAUUGCUCCAAGCUUCUUUGUUCGGCACAUUUCGAGACAUGAAAUAUUAUCUGGAAAACUCGUACCUAACUUCUAAUGGAAGUAAAACGUAAUGUUUUAUUUUUUCCUUACGGAUUGCUUAAUUUGUAAACAUUUAAGUCUAAGACCCCUCCUUAUGAAGAGUAGAUAGAACGAUUUGUGCCAUUAUUUUAGCACCGUAUCAUGACCCCUGAAACUCUAGCAAUACUGCAACACUGUUCUUAUGAUUGGGCUAUUUCUGAACUAGUUUCUGGUUAUGCAUUUUUGAAGUGAUUUUUAUAUUGUUUCUCUUAAAUUUCUGUAUCCCUCUGUCACGUGAAAACUGCGAAUAUUUCUGUGCAAUCUUUUUUUUU